UACUGAUCUGAUGGGAAAAUAAACCUGAAGAUAACCUCAAAAGCAAAAUAAGCUUUUAUCUCAGGCUUUUAUUUUUGUUUAAUUGAAUAUAAAGUUCGCUUAAAAUGUUUAAUAUAUCCAGUGUGUACAAAAGUACAUGUACUUCUUAUUUAGUGCUACAGGCUCGAUAUAAAAAGACUAUACAUUGGGCUAAAUUAAAGAGAAAAACAAGUCCUAAAUAUAAGGCUCAGAAUCAUUUUGACGAGUUCUAUGGAUCAGUAUUUGGUAACAAAUGGGAAGGCAUGAAGGAGGCGCUACUACGGCGCUCGAAGUAUGUAGCGCUUGUAAAUAACUACGGCGAUGCAGAACAGACCAUGGAGGAACUUACAAAUAGAGGUGCACACUGCCUAAGAAAGUUAAUAUCAACACAAGAAGAAUUCCACAAGCAGUUCAACAUCACACCCCCACCAACUCAAGCCCCCCCACAGACAGACGGACAGUCAGACAGACUCGCUGCAUACAUAGAGAGACAGCAGACAGAUGAAAUAUCUAGCAUUUACCCUAAGACGGAUAAUAUACCUGAGAAAUUGGAUAUGGGGGAUGAUGCUGAUAGGGUGGAUAGUAAAAAAGUGAAGGAAGAAAUCUCCUACCCAAACAAAACUCUAGAAGAAUCAAUAGCGGACGCACAGAUAGAUGAGUCCAGGAUAAUAGAUCCUUCACUAGGAAUGACAUCAGAGUCACUCUACCAGUUCCUACCAGCCACUAAGCUAAAAGGAAUGGACGAUUUUGUUGCAGAGUCUGUACAUUAUUCUUAUUAUUCUAAGGAGAAAGACUUUCCGUUACUGAUAGAGCCAGAAACAGCACUGAAUUAUCCGGAACAUUUGAAGGUGUACACUUAUGAAAUGGACAGUAAAGCUACCAGUUUUCCUGAACCAAGGAGAUGUCAAACAGGUGUAUUCAACUACUACCCAAUGGACUGUGGCAGCGUACUCUCAGUGUUAGCCCUAGGGCUCUCCGCAGGUGACCGAGUACUGGAUCUGUGCUCAGCGCCCGGGGGCAAAGCCUUAGUAGCACUGCAGACUUUACUGCCCGACGUUAUUGUGUGCAAUGAUAUUUCUAUAUCUAGGAUGAAUAGGAUACAGCGAUCUUUCAAAGAUUACCUGUUCGAUUUCGAGACGAGCAACAAAUGGCGCGAACGAGUCAUAUUCAAAAGAAUUGAUGGCCGAUUGUAUACUGAUGAUCAAGGAUUUGAUAAGGUUUUAGUGGACGUCCCCUGUACAACAGACCGGCACUCUAUGAAUGAAGAUGAAAACAAUAUAUUCAGGCCCGACAGAAUCAAGGAGAGGCUCAGAAUACCUGAGAUGCAGUCGCAGUUGCUUGUCAACGCCCUAAAGCUAGUGAAAGUUGGCGGCACGGUGGUGUACGCGACGUGCUCGCUGAGCCCCGUGCAGAACGACGGCGUCGUGCACAUGGCGCUCAAACACGCCUUCCAAGCGCAUAGCGUUGUUGCUACUAUCAAGGACAUGUCAGCUCCAUUCUCGGGUCUAACCGGCACACUAGUGCUGGGCAGUGGCAACGCAGCGCCUAAAUACGGGCAGCUCGUCACGCCAUCUGUCGGCGCUAACUUUGGACCUUCUUAUAUCGCCAAACUUGUUCGUGUACGAUAGACGUGUGUAAUAAAGGUGAGUUAUAUAUUGUUGGUCUUUGGAGUUAUAAGCCAUACAAUGUUAUUCUGGUAAUGAGUUUUGUGGAUAAUUAAAAUGUCGUGAAACAGAAACCUGGACAUCAGAGAAUUACAAAAGUCGCUGAACAUAGUUCUUGCAAUUUUUAAUUGAGUUAAUGGACUUUUGUUGCCGACUUUAUAUAUUAAGAACAGCUCGUACCUAAAGCUCAAUUUAGACGGCCGAAGAAUAAUCCUGAAAGAAAGAAUCCUGUUUAGAUAGUAUAUACCUACGCAAGAAUUCCCAGAGAAUUAUUGCAUUUUU